AUGUUUACUAUUGAGAAGUCCAGAGAAAUACUUGCUGGCGGGGCUCGAAGAAGACAAGUGUUUACAGGUUCGUUUGAAGAAGGACUUAUAAAGCAAGAUUCAUACGAAAAAGAUAAAAUUUUGUUUGACAGAGAGAAAUCUUUUGGUGACACAGAUGACAGUUUGAAAGCUGUAGCGAAGGACCUUUUAACGAAAUCGUCAAUCUAUGCAGUAUCUCAGUUAGUAACUUCAACUGGAUUUGUUCGGAAAGCUCUCUGGUUUAUUGUGUUAUGUAUAGGUUUAAUUGGGUGCUUUUAUGAAAGUUACCGUUUCUUAUCAUUGUACUUUCAGUACCCAGUGGUUACUACGUUAGGUGUGGAAAAUAAUUUCAAAAUCGAUUUUCCAGCAGUAACUGUAUGCAACUUGAACAGGUUACCAGUAAGGAAUUACAUGUGCUUAUUCACAAAUAAGACUUCUCGUUGUGGAUUUUCCAGAAAAUAUAAUAUUCCUAUUUCGGAACGUUGGCGAUACGCAUCAUGUUCAAAUGAUAUUCUGAGUGAAGAGCGCAACGAAUCUCGAAUUUUCUUAAGAGGUUACCUGCAGUCUCCUAGAAAUAAACGCAAAUUAUUGGGUUAUAGAUUUAAAGAUCUUAUCAAAGAGUGCACAUUUGAUGGAGAACCUUGCUCAGAUAAUAGUUUCACAGAUUUUUCAAGUCUCCAAUUCGGAAACUGUUUCACAUUCAACAGAAAAAAGGAUAAGGAUAGUAGUUUCUUAGAAACAGCGCACAUUGGGUCAAAUAGCGGUUUGGAGCUUACUUUAAAUCUGGAUGUUUUCAACUAUUCUCCCAUCUCGUACAGCAUUGGUGCUCGAGUUGAGCUUCAUGGACCAGAUGUGGAACCAAAUCCGGAGUACUACGGAAUCAACAUCAGCCCUGGAUUUGAAACAUCGUUAGCAGUCAAGCAGACUGCUUACUUUCGUCUGGAAAAUCCGUACCGAGACAAAUGCAAAAACUAUGACAGUUGGCACUUCCAAAAUCAAGAAGAGUGUUUAAAAUUCCGUUUGCAGGACCAAACUUACAACCACUGUGGUUGCAUCGAUCCUUUUCUUUCAACAAACUACUCAGCACCUCCAUGUGACAUAGAAAACCAAACUUCAGUUUGUUGUAUGGAUGAAGUCAAGAAGCUAUGGAGUCAUGAUUACUUUCAAUGCCCACUUCCGUGCAAGUCCAUUGAGUACGAGUUUACAAUAUCACUAGCAGAAUGGCCUUCAGAAUGGUACUACAAAAAGUUCAUGAUGGAUAAAAAUGAAAAUGUUCUUAUAAAGAGUUCAUAUGAAACAAAAAAGCAGGAAAUGGCGAAGCUGAAAGUUUAUUACAAAACACUGGAAAUGACCUAUUACAAACAGGAACCUAUGUUCCAAGAUUCAGAGUUAUUCAGUCAACUAGGAGGACAACUUGGACUAUGGCUUGGUGUUUCUCUGGUAGCUUUGUUUGAAUGCAUAGAAAAUAUUUCUCACUUAUUACAUCAUUGUAUCAAGAAAACUGAAUGGAAAGUUAAGAAUGUUCACUGCACAAAUUACCAGAAAGAAGCAUUUGAAAGAAUAACCAGUGUCUAAAGAAACAAACUGCAACACUUGUUUCUUGUCU